AACCUGGACUGAAAAGAAAAUGUACAAUUCCUGGAAUUCUUUGAAUCUGCACACAAUGUUAUAGACCGUUUUCAUGUGACGUCACAGUCGCGUUCGAACGUUCGAACGGCCAUGUUGGAUGAUAAGCUGCUCAAUCUCCACACGGCUGUGUUGCACGUGGUGGACACGUACGUGGAAAGAAGUUUUUAUUAUUAUUUAGGGCUGGAUGUUUGUUGUGAGGUCCAUGAACACAGGAUACAGCCUACUCGCCGUAUCUAUCUAACAACACUAGUUACUCAUACAGUCCAUCCCUUUUUUAACUCGAUUGAAUCACUCUUCUAUCGGCCCGCCAACAUGGCCCCGGUGCGGAGUUUGCUCAUCUGUGAUCAAUUGUUACAAAUAUAGUCGAUUUUGUGCACAUAAAGAUGUGGUCUUUUAGAAAAUAGCACUCUCCUUUGGUGUAAAAUAGUUUCAUUAGAGUCAUUUUAUGAAAUCUGGCGCAUUUACAUUUCAUAAUUCCAGUUAUUUGCACAAUGAGCAUGUACGUUUCCCACGUCAGCAGUUGAACUUUUUACCUCAAGUCAAGUCAAGUGUAUUCGUAUACGAAAAGACAUGUUAACCGGUUAGACAGCAUCUACAGACAGGGUGUGACACAGGCAGGUCAGCACUACAAGCUUGAAGAUUUCUAACGUUGUCACCAUCUUUGUCUCACAGUUUUACAGCCCCGACACCGGAAGUAUCACAGGAUAAAAGGCAUUGGCUGUUAGAGCCGUGUCAGUACGAGCACAGAAAGGCAGCGGUCGAGGAAGGAAAGUUUUUACUGAGGCUGUUGCAACCAACCUGCUAUGAUGAAGAUGUAUACUACUCUAGUUUUUCUGAGUUUUCUUGCCUGUAGUUCAUACACGAUGCCUGUGCCUGAGUCUACUCUGGGCACCGAUUUAGAUGUACAAAGCACCAUGUACAUGGUGACUGACGAUGUGAUCAUCACUGACCAGGUCAACACUACAGAGCCUGCAGUACCAAUCACCACAGUGUUCACACCUAGGCCUCAGGAAACCGAAUUCGAAGCUGCUGUAGAAGCUACAACAACAUCGAGACCUAAUAAGACAACGGAAGGUACCGUGGAUGCUACAACAGAGCCCACAUCUCAGGCAAUAGAAGCUUCUGCAGAAUCUACAACAGCGUCCACACCUCAGGCAACGGAAGCUUCUGCAGAGUCUACAACAGCGUCCACACCUCAGGCAACGGAAGCUUCUGCAGAGUCCACAACAGCGUCCACACCUCAGGUAACGGAAGCCUCUGCAGAGUCUACAACAGCGUCCACACCUCAGGCAACGGAAGCUUCUGCAGAGUCUACAACAGCGUCCACACCUCAGGCAACGGAAGCUUCUGCAGAGUCCACAACAGCGUCCACACCUCGGGCAACGGAAGCUUCUGCAGAGUCCACAACAGCGUCCACACCUCAGGCAACGGAAGCUUCUGCAGAGUCUACAACAGCGUCCACACCUCAGGUAACGGAAGCCUCUGCAGAGUCUACAACAGCGUCCACACCUCAGGUAACGGAAGCCUCUGCAGAGUCCACAACAGCGUCACACCUCGGGUAA